AUGGAGAUCGACGGCAACGUUCUCGCGGCCAAGUCACUGGUCCGCUUCGGCGUGCGCCACAUGUUCGGCGUGGUGGGGAUUCCGGUGACUUCGCUAGCCAACCGGGCCGUCGCCCUCGGCGUCCGCUUCAUCGCCUUCCACAAUGAACAAUCCGCGGGCUACGCCGCCUCCGCCUACGGCUACCUCACCGCGCGCCCCGGUGUCUUCCUCACCGUCUCCGGUCCCGGCUGCGUCCACGGCCUCGCGGGCGUCUCCAACGCCUCCGUUAACACCUGGCCCACUGUCAUGAUCUCCGGCUCAUGCGACCAGGCCGACGUCGGCCGCGGCGACUUCCAGGAACUCAACCAGAUCGAAGCCACCAAACCCUUCGCCAAACUCUCCGUCAGAGCCUCCGACAUCUCCGAAAUUCCUGCUCGCGUGGCCCAAGUUUUGGAUUGGGCCCAAUCGGGACGGCCCGGUGGGUGCUACUUGGAUCUCCCCACUGAUGUCUUACAUCAAAAGCUAUCAGAAUCCGAAGCGGAAAAACUGUUAACUGAAGCGGAAAAAAACCGCGCGAAACCCGAACCUUAUUCUAUUUCCAAUUCAAAGAUCGAAGAAGCUGUUUCUCUGCUUAGACGCGCGGAGAGGCCGUUGAUUGUGUUUGGAAAAGGAGCUGCGUACGCGCGUGCGGAGCACGCGCUUACGAAACUGGUGGAGGCGACUGGGAUUCCCUUUCUCCCCACUCCUAUGGGGAAAGGGUUGUUGCCGGAUACUCACGCGCUUGCUGCCACCGCUGCCAGGUCACUUGCGAUUGGGAAGUGUGACGUGGCGCUUGUGGUUGGAGCGAGGUUGAAUUGGCUUCUGCACUUCGGUGAGCCACCGAAGUGGUCGAAGGAUGUGAAGUUUAUCUUGGUCGAUGUGAGUGAGGAGGAGAUUGAGCUGAGAAAACCUCACUUGGGUUUGGUGGGUGAUGCCAAGCACGUGAUUGAGGUUUUGAGUAAGGAGAUUAAAGAUGAUCCGUUUUGCUUGGGGAGCACACAUCCAUGGGUGCAAGCGAUUUCGAACAAGGCGAAGGAGAAUGUGGCGAAGAUGGAGGUUCAGUUGGGGAAGGAUGUUGUGCCGUUUAAUUUCUUGACGCCUAUGAGGAUUAUACGUGAUGCUAUUGCGGAUUUGGGGAGUCCUGCUCCGGUAGUGGUUUCCGAAGGGGCCAAUACCAUGGACGUGGGAAGGUCUGUGUUGGUUCAGACCGAGCCCCGGACGAGAUUGGAUGCCGGCACGUGGGGGACCAUGGGGGUUGGUCUUGGAUACUGCAUUGCUGCCGCUGUUGCUUCUCCUGAUCGGCUUGUGGUUGCCGUUGAAGGGGAUUCUGGAUUUGGGUUUAGUGCCAUGGAAGUUGAGACAUUGGUUCGGUAUCAGCUUCCUGUGGUUGUGAUUGUUUUCAACAAUGGUGGUGUGUAUGGUGGUGACCGCAGACGCCCAGAGGAGGUUGAUGGACCUUUCAAAGAUGAUCCUGCCCCCACAGAUUUUGUCCCAAAUGCAGGAUACCAUGCUUUGAUUGAAGCUUUUGGAGGAAAGGGGUAUCUUGUUGCGACGCCUGAUGAACUGAAGUUUGCUCUUUCAGAAUCAUUCUCUGCUCGGAAACCAGCCGUAAUAAAUGUUGUGAUCGACCCGUAUGCUGGUUCAGAGAGUGGGAGGAUGCAACACAAAAAUUGA